AUGGAAAAACAACAGGAAGAAAAUGUGAAUACUACUGAUAACCCUACCAAUGCUGCUACUGUAAAACCUGCAGAGCAACCAAAGUCAUCAGGAGGAUGGGGAUUUUCAGGUUGGGGAUUUAGUAACAUAAUUGAAUCGGUUUCAAGUCAAGUACAACAAAUGAAUAUUAUGGAAACAGUACAACAAAUUAAUACAGGAUUAGUUGAAACUAUAAAGACAACAUCGGAUCAAAUGGUUACUCUAUAUAGAGAGGAUUUAAAAGAAUUUUCAACUUCAAUUAUGAAUGAUACAUCUCAAAUUUUACAAUCGCAAUAUGAUACUGUUAAACAAUAUAUACCUGAUUCCAUAUCAAAUGCUAUGGAAGAUUUAAAAAAUGGAACAGCCGCUUCGAAUAACGACAACAAUAAUAAUAAUAACCAACCAAGUGGCUCUACUGGCACACCUAUUAAAUCACCAACUAACUAUUUAGCAAAAAGUUUAUCAUUUUUUACAUCCGAUUCAAAUGAUAUACAAGAGUUUGAGCAUUGGUGUGAAAGUUUUGAUGUCGAUUCACACUAUGUAGAAAUCAAAACUCUCUUAUCUAGUGACGAUAUUAGAAGUUUAUAUAGCAGCUAUGUACCUUCAAAAAUCUCACAUCAACAAUUCUGGUUAAAAUAUUUUUAUAAACAAUAUAAAACUCAAAAAGAGGAAGAAAAAAGACAACUUAUUUUGCAGCAGGUAACCCAAGAAAAAGAAGAAGAGGUCGGUUGGGAUGAUUUUGAUGAAGAAGAAACUGAAUUAUCAAAAUUAGAUAUAAAUGAUAAUAACAAUGAUAACAAUGAUAAUAAUAAUAAUAAUAAUAAUAAAGAUAAUAUCCAAGAUUUAAAUCAAUUAGAAAAUACAGAUUUUAAUAGUUUAAAACAAGUUCAGGUUUUAGAAAAUAUCCAACCAAUAACACCACAAAAACCAGAAGAGAAAAAUGAAGAGGAGGAAGAGCUUGAUAGUGAUGAAGAAAUUGAUAGAGAAAUCGAAAGACAAAGAUUGUUACAAUUAGAAAAACAAAAGAAAUUAAAUGAAACACCAAAGAAACCACAAGAAUUUACUUUAGUAGAUGACACUUUUGAAGACGAAGAGGAUGAUGAAAAUAUCGAAAUUAAUAAAAACUAUCCAGAAUUAGACCAAAUUUCUAUCACUCCAUCAAAAUCAAAUAAUAAUAAUAAUAACAAUAAUACCAGUUUACUCAAUACACCAAAUAAAAAUAUUAAUAUCAAUAAUUUAAUCAAUGAUGAAGAGGAUUUUGGUUGGGAUGAAGAAUAA